AUGUUUGAGGCACGAUUGACUCAAGAUCUAAUCCUAAAUAAAGUUUUGGACUCACUGAAAGACCUUAUCACUGAAGCUUGCUGGAAUGUGAGCUCCUCGGUAUCUCACUCCAGAGUAUGGACUCAUCACGAUUCCCUUGUACACCUCGAACUGCGUAGCAAUGGAUUGGGCUGGUAACGCUGAGAUUGCACUGCCGCUAUGGGAGUCAACUUAUCCAGGUGGGUGAAUAAAGUUUGCAUUCAUUUUCAUGAGUCAACAUUGAUAACUAUGUUGAGUUGACCUAACACUAACACUUGCUCGCUGGCUUACUUGCAGCAUAUCUAAGAUUUUGAGGUGUAAAGGGAAUGAGAACAUCAUCACCCUACAUGCAGAUGAUACUGCGGAGACUCUUGUCCUGGUUUUUGAGACUGAAAGUAAGUAGGCCACAUAUACACACACACACACACACAUUUCUUCAAACACAUGCUGACCAGCACCAUGUAGCAAGGUCUAAUAUUUUCUGAGGCAUGACCUAAUAUUGUCUGUCUCUGUGUUAGAUCGGGAGAAAGUAUCUGACAAUGAGAGAUGA